CGGAGCGAGAACCUGUCUCAAAAAAAAAAAUAGUGAAGCAUUCUAAAUUAAGAUGGUGGUUGUUUACAUGCAUCUAAAUUUACUGCUUCAUAAAGUUUCUCACUAAACUUACAUUAAGGUUAUUUAAAAACAAACAUAAACCUCCAGCAAUGGGAAAAUAGGAAAGGAAACGCUGGCAAUCAAAUAGCGGGCUCUAAAACAUGUAUGUCUUAGCAAACCCUGUAUUAACCACAGAAUCUUCAAACUGCACGGAAACUGGCAGCACUGGACAGCUGUGGUACUGGGAAUGAAGGUGGUGUGGUGCAGAAGGGAGAUGUCCUUUGCUUCUCAGAUGUAAAUGCACUUUAAGUUUGUUAUUCAACAGUGAAAAUGAGUCAUACAGAGGUUAAAUUAAAAAUACCUUUUGGAAAUAAAUUACUAGAUGCCGUUUGUUUGGUACCUAACAAGAGCUUAACAUAUGGAAUAAUUCUUACACAUGGAGCAUCAGGAGAUAUGAAUCUUCCUCAUUUGAUGUCACUGGCAUCCCAUCUUGCAUCUCAUGGGUUUUUCUGCCUGAGAUUUACCUGUAAAGGCCUUAAUAUUGUACAUAGAAUUAAGGCGUAUAAAUCAGUUUUGAAUUACCUGAAGACAUCAGGAGAAUACAAACUUGCAGGUGUUUUUCUUGGAGGUCGUUCAAUGGGCUCAAGAGCAGCUGCUUCUGUAAUGUGUCACAUUGAGCCAGAUGAUGGUGAUGAUUUUGUUCGGGGUCUCAUUUGUAUUUCUUACCCACUGCACCAUCCAAAGCAGCAGCAUAAACUCAGAGAUGAAGACCUCUUUCGUUUAAAAGAUCCUGUACUGUUUGUGUCAGGCUCAGCAGAUGAAAUGUGUGAAAAGAACUUGUUGGAGAAAGUGGCACAGAAAAUGCAAGCUCCCCAUAAAAUCCACUGGAUUGAGAAGGCAAAUCAUUCCAUGGCAGUGAAAGGACGGUCGACAAAUGAUGUUUUCAAAGAAAUAAAUACACAGAUUUUGUUUUGGAUCCAAGAAAUUACUGAAAUGGACAAGAAAUGUCAUUAGUUAAAAGCCAUGUUAUCUUGAGUCCACAUACAGCUAAUUUGAUAAAGAAGAGUAUGCCUCUCAGCAUUGUGAGAUAUAUUUCAGACUAAUUUGAUGUUCUUUAAUGUUCCCUUAUUUUUGAAACACGUUUUAAAUGUGAAAUUAAUGUCCUUCACAAAAUGUCUUUUGAAAGCACUGUUACAGUUGUAUAAAGAUGAUGUAAAAAUAUUGAAGGUGGUCUACAUAUAAUUUAUUUUCAUUAGUAUAGUUAAGUUUUGAAAAAAAUUAAACAUCUGAAUUUUGUUACAGA